GGAACGGAUUUGUAAAUGUAAGGGGAAUGAGUCAUAAGGGAAAGAAGGGGAGAGCUGGCAGUUUUGGCAUUUAGUGGCGGCAAGGAACACACUGGGGCUGUUUUUCUUUGGAUUCACAGAAAACGAAACUUGAAUUGCAGCUGGGAAGGGCCGAGCCCCAGAGAGCCCCGUUGCCAGGAACCCUCUUCCAAAGCAACGAAAGAGAAGCAAAAAAAAAAAGGCGACCGGUGACCAAGAAACCAUGGCUCAAGAUGUUUCUGGAUCGAGCUCAGUGCCACCAGAGAACUCGGAUGUGGAUGAAGAAUUCAAGUUCCUGCUGUGCCAAAAUUGCCACCAGGAAGCAGAGCGCCCCAAUCUCCUGUCCUGCCUUCACAACCUAUGCGCUGAGUGCCUUCAAGAAACCACACUUGGGAAUCGCUGCCCCGUAUGCCAGGCUCCGCACUCCCAAACAAACACAACCUUCGUUCGGCCCAACUCGUUCUUUGCCGACCUCCGAACCAAGCUUGGCGUUUUCCGGAAGAUUUCGAGGGGCCAAGAGUUGGCUUGCGACAACUGUGGGAAAGAGGGAACGCACUGGUGCUUCGACUGCGAGGAAUUCCUGUGCUCUGCGUGUUUUGCGAACCACCAGAGAUAUCUCAAGAAGCAAAGCCACGAGGCGAGGGCCAUGGAAGAUCUCCGCGCCAGUUCCAGCAAGGAAUUCCUCAGCGAAUCCAAGAAUGCUUCCAUCAUGUCCUGCUCUACCAAAGAGCACAGAUUGGAACGUCUAAGCAUCUACUGCAAAGUCUGCCAGCGUCCCCUGUGCUGCACGUGCGCGUUGCUGGACUACGGGCAUAGCAGUCACCACUGCCACAUCCAAGAAGAAAUCCAGCGCCGGCAGCGGGAGAUGCUGAGCAUGAGUUCGAAUCUGGGGGAGAUGGAGACCGCCUUCGAAACGUCCUGCGGCGAACUUCGGGACAAAGUCGACCGCAUGGUGGAAGAGAAGGACAAAACCAGAGAGCAGAUCCGGCAGAGGGUGACUGAGAUGGUACAGCUGGUGGAGAAGAAAGGAGAGAUGUUCUUGGCCGCCGUGGAAGACGAGCACCGUCGCAAAGUCCAGGAGGUGGAGGAGACGCUGCAGAAUGGGGAGCGCGUGGGCCAAAGGUUGGCAUCCGGCAGGCAGCUGGUGGACACGAUGCGACUCUACGCCUCUGACCAGGAGGUGCUGGACAUGUAUCCUUUCGUUUGGAAGUCCCUAGAGGAGCUGGCCAGGCGGCAUUACCCGUGGGAGCAGGAAGCUGAGAGGAAGGAAACUUUGCGAGGGUCGAGGUCCGGCUACGCAGACUUUCUACGAAAGAGUGAUGACAGGAACGAAACUCUUCCAGCUGCAGUCACAACAGCAUCCAAUCAGAAACCUUCAGGGAAGUCAUCAGCGAAGAGGAAACAUGUGGAAAGCACUUCUCGAACUCCGACAAGGUUUAUUAAAAUCGAAGCCAAUGAUGAACAACCAGGAACUAAUUCUGGGUACUGUCCAGCGGAGAAGAGAAGGAAGACAAAAGAUACGCUACACUUGACCUUAGCCAAAAGGCCGAGAAGCGAUGCAAAAGAUACAGAGACAAUCCCAAAAAUCUGCUUCUCCAUUUCUCCCCCAGAGUCAUCCAGUACAGAUCCUGCCAGUUGUUUGAACGGGGGCACUGAAGAUAUAAGCAGCCACGACGAACCUUCGGGCUCCACCCAGCAAGAGGACACCAACUCAAGGAACAGCCAAGAUGGCUUCCACCCACCAAUUCAGCGUUUCUCGGAGCAAGGAACCCUGGUGUUUUUCGACAUGAAGGUGCUGUCAAAAACUGAGAAUGCCCUUCACCUGGUAGCGGUCAAAGAUGAAACCAAGUGCUUCUCCGUCAUAAUCCAUCCCGGCGGUUAUGAGCGUGGGCUGGAGAGCUUCCUCCACUAUCUCCGGACUCUCCAUCAACCCAUCCUGGUGGGCUACAACCUGUGGUCCAUGAAUUUGGCACUCCUGGUGAAGUACUUGGAGGCGCUCCGGAAAGGAGAGGCGUUCCGAGACGCCAUUUUUGGUUUCUUGGACGCCUCGCCUCUCAUUAAGGAGAAGCUUCCAAACCGCCGCAGCUAUACCUUGAAGAGCCUCUACCACGAUUCCUUUGAAGAGCUGUUAGAUAACGACCAACCCCUCGAAUGUGCCAAGGCCCUGGAGGAACUGUGCACAGUUUUGGAGGUGAACCCAGGAAUGGAUAGAAGGCCGGUGGUCCCCUAUUCCAGCUUGCAAAAUUAUCUUUCCCUUCAACCCCUCCUGGAUGAGAAGUGUCUUAGCCAUUCCGCCGCGCAGACCUUAGCACUGAACAACAUCAGCUUUUCCACGCUGCUGGCAAAAUACCAAAAAGACCCGGCACGUGGUUUGGAACAGUUUGCCCAAUCCUUGAAUUCCAGGCCGAUAAACAGCAGCGGAAUGGUCCGGUGGCUAAGAAGGGUUCAAACGUAUUUCAGAAGUCGCCUGUCUUCAUCUCGGCGCUCGGCAUCAGUGGCGAAAGCAUCGAGGACAUGUUUACCCAGUUAAUCUGGCAACCCAUAUAUCAGUGGUGGCGAACCUAUGGUACGGGUGCCAGAGGUGCCACUCAGAGCCCUCUCUGUGGGCACGUGCAAACACAGUGCCUCCCCCCCUCCCCCCGCACACGCAC